GUGGUUGAUGAUUUAUGAGUUAUGAUUUAUGAUAAAAUAACGAAUAAUGAAUAGAAACAUCGCACCAAGAAUUAAACCAAAAAACCAAAUAAUAUCUAAUCCGACGUUAGUUAGUUACUUCUUUCAAUUUUUCAUUUUUGAAUCCUUUGAAGUAUCAAACUGUUGGGCGAAUACAUAGGUAUAUCAAGUACAUAUGUAGCAGCAAGCCUUUACUCAAACUCAUAUAAGUUAUAAGAAAAUAGGGGGGAGAGGAAGAGAAAAGGAGAAGGAAUAUGGACGUUCCAGAGAUUUCAAAACUUCAAGUCCAAGAUGAUGGCCAAAACGGCCCAAAUACCACCACGGACCCAUCUAUCGAAAAGAUACAACAACUUCUCAAGGCAAAAGAUGGCACCUCCCGCUUUGUCGGCUUGGCCCUCUUAAAAUCCGUCUUAGACAACUCGCCAGAGUUACAACGUGAUGAGAGAACCAUCACUAUGUUAUGGAGUUCCGUAUCGCCCAAGUUCCUGGACCGUCUGUUACGCACCGGGUCUCAAGCCGGCCGGGGACAGAAGAACUCCAAGGAUAUGCUUGAUAUGGCCGUUGCUGUCAUACACACUUUUACUGUAUUGUUGCCUCAAGAGUCAAUAAAUCAUCCAAGUCUACUAAACCGAAUACCAGGCCUGGUUAAAGGUGUUCUUCAUAGCUCUAAAGAGACGACAGAAGUCAUUAUAAAAACCCUACUGACACUCGUUGCUGUGCCCGAGGGUGCCAAAUGCUUCGCCAACCUUGACGUUGAUGACUGGACCCCCCUCGUAGAGAUUGCACCAGAGCACGCACACGUACUUACGAUAUUCAUCUGGGCCUGGGAGAAGGGCACUGCUGAACUAGGAGACGAACAGUCUAAAAAUGGAAUGCGUUCUAAGAUCGAUAAAGGGAUUCAAGCACUUGUAUCUUCUUUCAUAGGCACUGACGCCACCAACCUCCUAGAAUUCAUAUCCCACCUCUUACGAACUCUCGACGAGCAUCUCAUUCCACAAAAUCCCACAUGGCUUGGCUCGGUCACUAAGCUCAUACAUAACCUAUCCACCAACAAGCCGACCGCAGCUAGUCGUUCCGCAUAUAUAAACUGCACUGGCGUACUACUCCUCGUCUAUCCAGACCCAGCAUUCGAACUCCUAUUUGGAAGCGAGCAAUAUUCGUCAAACCCACCUGCCUAUCUUUUCAUAACCCUCGUCCUGGUAGACCUCCGCGCCACCCUACCGUCUCUCCUGGAGAAGCUCAAUGACCCGGAUUACCCACAAAUAUCACAGCGUCUCACAUCCGCUCUCGACAUUCUGACCGUUUUCAUCAGCCGUCUCAUUGCUCUUGAUGGCCUUGAAGACGAUUCGACCGAAUCUAACCCAGAAAAUAACUGGUUGAAGUGGCCUCCAGAGCUCAUCAUCAAGCUGAGCAAAUCUAUUCACGAGACUAUCGCCAUCAUAAUAGAACACCUGCGUGACCGUUGGGAUGCCUCGACAGCAGGGGCUCACGGCCUACAUCCGGAGGCGCGCGCAGGGAGUGCUCACACCAAUGCCGGCUCCCACAAAACCCUUGCAUGGGACUCGAAGGACUCGGCCGCUACCACAGACGCCUUCAUACAGUCGGCCAUACGCGCGAUAGGGCUCUGGAUCCGCGACGACGACAACGACACUCGGCGGAAAGAGGCAGCCGGGCUCAUGGACAUGUUCAUGGAGCUGUACCAGACCAACCACGGCGUCUCGUUCCAGACCAACCGCGUGGAGUACAGGCUCCCCAUCCUUGCCGCUCUCGAAGGCAUCCUCCGCACCAAGAGAGGCGUCGAGGCUUUCACGACUUACGAGGGGUGGAAGAUACUGUCGCAAGAUCUGCGCAUGGUCCUCCAAGAGAGUUCGGCCUCCUAUCCUCCGCCUGAAGUAGAUCUCAUCGGCGGGACUCGGAUCGCCGUCGUGCUGCAGAUUCUCGCGGACGAAGUCAGUAGUACCCCGGAGGAAUGGAUGGGCCUGGUGACGGCCGUAGCAGCAUACGAUGUCCCCGCGGCCCCGAAAGGCGCCGCCCGGGAAGCUCUUCUGGAUUUUCAAACAGACGUGCUGAACCUCGCCGUUACGCUGCUGAUGAAAGCGAGCCCGGGCCUAAGGAAGCGGUAUGUGCAUUCGGCGAGUGCGAUACGGGGCAUUGUGAAGCAAGUCAGGGGUACGACGGAUGAAGGCAGUGAUGCUGCGAAGGGGCUAGAAGAUAUGCUGCUUGACCUGGAUACACUUGUGGACUGAGGAAAUACAAUUGCCUGGGUGGUGCUCUACCGAUCGUGGUGGAACUUUGCUUCGAGCGUGUUUCGCUCGAGUCUAGCCAUCGGUGUUCGUUGUCGAUCUAAGUAAAUGUAUUUCUCUUUUAUGAUAUCUACUCUAUUCCUACCCAGGUAGGUAGGUAAUGAAGGAAAUCUAUUCAGCCGUACCACCUUACGAUCUAUG